AUGCGGUCGGCUCAAUUUUUGGUCGUUUUGAUCCUCUCCGCAUGCUUCUCCAACACCCGCGCUGAGUGGUGGACUCACGGAAGAGUGACAAGCAAGGAUUUCCCGAAUUUCAAAGGAAACUAUGAAGUUGUAAGUGUAUUUUUUCUCAAAAAUGUUCCGUCGUAUAAAAUGUCACCUAUUAAAAAAAUCUUCUGCAAUAUAAAAAAAAACGUUGAAAAUCUCGUUUUUAUAGAUUACUGAUGUUCUACAGCGGGUUUCCCAAUUUUUUUGCACAGGCGACAUUUUAUACGAUGAAAACUUUCUGAAAAAUUUUAGGCUGCAAAAAUAUAAAAAUUGUAUUCUGACGUACUUUUACAUGUUUUCAGAACGUCUUCGUCAUCCCCGAUCAAUUUUUGGGUUCCUGUGGAGAGACCAAGACGGACGCGGAUGGCUACUAUAACAUCAAAUGCACCCCUUGGAUUGUCCCUUUCACCGAUCCGUACAAGACCGUCCGAGUGUAAGUGUGAAUUGCUUUCAUCGCCUAUUUCAAAGUUUUGCUAAAAUAUCAUUCUUUCGCUGCAUUCAAAAACAAAAAUUUUCUUCGAGCUGCGCCCGAGCUUUAACUUCAGCUUGUUUUUUGGCAAGAUCUUGAUGGCCCAUCUCUUGUGAAGUCUAAGACGAGUUAAAAAAAGGCUGUUAAACGCUCUAGAGGUUCCUGAAAUUUGAUUUUACAACCUUUUUCCGACGAGCUUUGGUUGAAGUCGGAUUUUUUAUUUUCAUUCUGCAGCCUGCGGAAAAAACAGUAAACUUGGAAUUUUCAAUCUAAUUGGAACUUUUUUUCCACGAAGGACGGAAAGGUCCGCUGUGCGGAAAGGUCCGCUGCGCGGAAAGGUCCGCUGCGCGGAAAGGUCCGCUGUGCGGAAAGGUCCGCUGCGCGGAAAGGUCCGCUGUGCGGAAAGGUCCGCUAAAAAAAGAAAAGAGGAGGGCGGGGAGGUUGAGGUUUUCGAAGGCGCUGAUUUCGAAUAUCGUAUCCAUUUUUUCUGAAUUUUACAAUUUUACUUAGGCAGUAGUGUUAACUAGUAAUUUUAGAAAAAAAUUUUUGAGUAAUGGAUAGACGUAAGAUAUAUUUUACUUGGUGUUUUGAUUUUUAGGUGUGACUAGUCUCGAAAAAAAUUUUUUUUGAAAUGUUUUCGCUUCGAGACUUGAAAAAAAGGAUUUUUUUGUGAAAUUAAUCCAUUACUCAAAAAAUUUUUUUUAAAAUUACUAGUUAACACUACUGCAUAAGCAAAAUUGUAAAAUUCAGAAAAAAAUGGAUACGAUAUUCGAAAUCUGCGCCUUCGAAAACCUCCCCUCCCCGCCCUCCUCUUUUUUUUAGCGGACCUUUCCGCACAGCGGACCUUUCCGCGCAGCGGACCUUUCCGCACAGCGGACCUUUCCGUCCUUCGUGGCUGGGUUCUGCUGUAUUCAGAUAGACAGCUUAUGGCAGAAUAUGCCUUUAAAAACACGCCGCGGAAUUCCGAAAGUUCUAGGCGGCGAUGCGCAACCCCACGUUGUAAAGACGACGCUCCAGAAGUUGAGUUAAUGGAGAUACGGGGCUCUCCGUCGUCUGGAGUACUCGAUAGGCAUGUCUCAAACAGAUUGCUACCUUUCCAAGAAUCUAAUGGGUUUCAUCCGUGGUAGGGAAUUUAUCAAUCAAGACCCUGUUGAAUGCGCCUUCAAAAGUUUCAUCGGCUCCAGAAGCCGGGGUUUCAAAGCCACUGGCAAAAAAUGCUUUCAACGCGUUGCAAUAGCGUGGUAUAACACAUGGUGAUUAUUUUGAUUAAAAAUAUCUUCGUUAUUACGGUAAAUUUCUUUGUACAAAAAAUCUUUUGAAGAACGACAUUAUUUGUGGGACAACCUAAUAGAUUUGAGAAAGGCGAAAAAAACUAUAAAAAAGAGUUUUUAGGCCAAAGCUCGGGCGCGACUUGGAAAAACACUUUUUUGAUUUGUUUUUUGUAAUAGGCCGAAAGAUGAAGUUUUAACCAAAAAAGUUCACAGUUUUCGUAUUUAUUUUUUGCUCAAAAAAUUUGUUCAUUUUUUCCAGCUGCCAUCGCAUCUACGGAGAAUGCCUUUGCAAGACCAUCAAGCCAGUCCGCACCAAUCGGCUGGACGUUCAAAUCAGCCCAAAAGAUGAUAUCGACAAGAACGACUGCUCCGAGCAGAAAUACCCAUAUUAA